CCCUCCCUCAAGAGAGUUUAUCAGUUUAUCAAGUGGCGUCUUUAUCAGGUUUUACAGCUACCAUACCUUUAACAGCUGUAUAAUUAAAAUAUGUAACCAUGUAUUUCAAAGUCUACCUGACCAGGCAUAAUUUUAGUCUACUUUCGACCACACAGUUUGUCCUCUCCGAUCGCUACACCUGCCACCAUAAUGAUAAAUAAUAAUGUUAUGGUUUUUAAAGUUUUCCCAUUCCAAUAUUGGAGCACGGAAAUACAGGAAAUAUGAGAAUUUAGUGGCGUACUAUUGUAACAAGUUGAAACACAGUUCGGAGAUCCAAUGAAAAAGACAAACAGCGUGUGAUGACAGGGGAGGGUUGUGCUUUAAAUGCCUGACGGAAGACGUGUAUAACGAAAGUGGCUCAAUCUUCGAAAGACUUCAUAGACUGACCUUCCUCUAGUCUAAAGGCGUCUGUUAUUCCACGACAGCAACAACUGAUAACAGAUCGCUCAAGUGGGUACUGUGAGACAUCUUGAGGGCUGAUCUGAAGUCCAGAUUCAGGGACACAAAGAAGAGUUGAAUUUUACGGUUUAAAGCAGGGUAAAAAUGUCGUUGACACGUGAACAAUUUUAUAACAAAGCGAUCAGGUCAAAUUUGGCUCGCUUUUCGUCAACGGUCAAAGUGAGAGAUAUAUUACCUCACCUGCCAUGCCUCACAAUCACUGAUAGGGAAGAGGUCGAAGCCAAGAGAGAAACUUCUGGAAACUUCACUGCUAUGCAGACACUUCUGGACAAUCUACGCAGACGAGAGAACUGGCCUGAUGAGUUCAUCACUGCACUAAGGAACUGUGAACAUAGGGAACUGGCUGAUGAGAUGAGCGAUGCUUAUGACAGGAUCAGGGGAAUCAAAAAUAAUGCAGCUCCUGCUGCUCCUGUGCCCAGACCUGCACCUACUCCAGCUCCUUCUUUUUCUUCAGCUGGUGCCACAGCAAGCGUAACCACAGCAACAGUUCAUACUGUCCCAGUGACCACUUCUCCUUUGCUGAAUCCACCCGCAAGGGACGUCCCAGCACAUUCAACUCCCCCUUCCAACAAUGCAGCCCCUGAACCAUCUCCUGCUCCUGUUCCCAAAGUUCCAGAGACACAGCAAGUGCAGAACCUUCCUACUCCAGUUCCAGCACCUUCUCUUGAACCAGUAUCCCAAGCUGAAAUUGCACCUGUGGUUGUUGCUCCUUCCCAAGCACCUCCCUCUGCUGUAAUCUCAGUCUCCAAAGUCCCAACCCACACUGGGCCAGCUGAGAACAAAACACCUAUUUUAGAUACUCCAGAUGGCUUGGCUUUAACAGACCAAAGCACCACCUCCUCAUUAUCUGGUGAAACUGUCCUCUCCACCUCAAGUGCUCAAGCAUCCUCCUCAAGCACCUCUCCAAUUCAAAUUACAAAGCCUUGCACCACCUCCCAAAGUUCUCAGAUGUCAGAGAAUAUCCAGGUGCCAAUCACAGUCAAGGACACUGACACCUCUGAGAAGCUCCCUGUCCAAGACACUAAUCCCCCACUGAGAGAGGAAAGGACAAUUCAGGAGCCUGAAGAGAUCUCUGACCCAACUGCAAAUGAGCUUGUUCAGAGGAACAACACUGUUGUAUUACCAGCUUUUAAUGGCCAGACAAAUUCGACUAGUACAGGUCAGGCAACAUCAUCUGCACCUACUGAGGUGGUUGCGCACCCUCCCUCUUCCAUCGAGCAGGAAUACUUCAGCAAACCUGGCAUCCUUCAGUAUUCAGAACCCCAGCAGAACAGAGCAGAGGCUCUUCCUGUCUUGCCAGAAGAGCCUUGCUCAGUGGUUUCUGAUGAUUUGGAGAUCAGCAGAGCAACAGAGUCUUCCACAGAACCUGGACGGUCUACUAGUCUUGCAGAGCAGACCUCCACUGCCAUUGCUUCCCCUGAUUCUGCCUCUUGGUCUUUAAAUGACGCUCCACACAUUGCUGCUCCCUCGACUCCUAACCAGCCUGAGGAAGACCACUACGAAUCUUUCUGUCCGAGUCAGACAAUGGUUAAUGUAAUCCGGUUUGCUGAGGAGCCACCUGCUGAAAAUUUGAAUGGUCAGCCACCAAGCAUGCUGCAACGUAGCAGAGUCAUCUCUGAGAACCAUAUUGGCACAGAAAAUGUAGUUCCUCUCAGUGAUCCAUCUGGGAAUGAUUCAGAGGCAUCAGACCGUAAGAAGUCAGCCUCCACCAACUACCGAGAGGAAGAAUCUAAUGCUAGGCCAGCAACUAUUCUACAGCCAGAGCUGAGAGAAGAGGGCUAUCAAGAGUUAUUCAGGAUAAACAACUACCAACUUGUUGCUGCUGCUGGGAUUGCUCUGUCUGCUGUUUUCUUGGCUUGGAAGCUCAAGCAUUAACUGAAAAGGUCUUAAAAGGAUACUUCACCCCCAAAAUGAAAAUGUGGUCAUUAUGUACUCAUGAAACCCAUAUAAUUUUUAUUUUUUGAUUAAGUGAAUGUCCACGCUGCUCUUUUCCAUAGAACAACAUUGGAUAGUAACUGCUGCUGUCAAGUUUAGAAAAGGACAAAACAUAGCAUAAAAGUACUUCCUACGAUCUGCGCACUAUAUACCAAGUCUUUUAAAGCCACGCAAUAGCUUGCGGUGAGGAACAAACUGAAAUUUUAGUUAAUCACUGAAAAUUUUGCCUUCUAUCCUACAUAACCUCUUUCACCAAACUCUUUUGUGGUUUCAUUCUUAUGUAUUUAUUUUCAUGUGUGUAUAUUUAGGCCUAUACAUAAUCCUUGUUUGCCAUGUGCCUUGUAUGACAGGGCCGAUAAUGAAUUUAACUGCUGUUGCACCUGUUAAAUCAGAUUCACUGCUAAUAAAUGGAGUGUCCAGUAACUUCUAAGUAAUUUGGAAAACCUAGCUUGACAGGUAUUACAUUGUACAACAAUUGGUUGUGUUGUCAAUUGUAAAACAUUUCAAGAAUAUAUCCUGUGUGUGACAGACCAUGAAUAUAAGGAGCUUUUGCAUAACCUCUAUUGGACAUUUAUAGAAAGCACUUGCUUGAGCAUUAAACAAUUGCUCCAGCCCUUUCCGUUAGCCCCCUCACAGAAGACUGCAGCAGUGUUUGUCCCCAAACUCAUCUUGUUUCUCAUGAACCCUCAUUCACAGACACCUUAGUGAACUCUUUGUCCAUCACUGUCCCGUAUUAUGAGGGUAGUUUGACCUCUGUGAGACUGUCCAACAGGCACUUUCUAUUUCAUUGGAAUACAUUCAAAUCAUAAAAACGUGCAAACAAGAUGCAUUCGACCAUUGACAAAAAUCAAAUGUUUUCCAGCAGGGCUGGAAAUGGCAGGAAGGGGGACCAGAAAGUCCAGGGAGUGAAUUCCAGUUCAACAUGUAGAGAAUUUCCAUCUUUUAUCCAUGUAAUAGCCUCCAAAUGCCAUUCAAAUUACAAACAUAAAUGUAAUUGGAUUUUCUGCAUCUAUGGUUUGAAAAUAUACAAUAUGUCCCCAACUUGGGUCCCCCCAGUAAAUCUCACCCAUUUCCACCACGGUCUGUAAGAGGUACUUAUUGUGGAGUAACUGCUAAGAUGGAUAAAGCUAAAUGCAAACAUAGCCAAGUGCCUAAUCCAAGUGUGGAGGGGGGGAAAUCUGUUUAUAUUGCAGCCCUGAUAUAUAUAAGGGUUGGGUCUGCAGAAGUGUCUAUGUCUAUUUUGAAGUGUAGUUGAAUAAGAUAAAUUUCAUUUUUGCCAGAUGCAUUUAUCUUAAAUUGUAUUCAAUGUAUAUAUUUUUCAGUUUACUCUCUCCAUCAUUCAGACUCAUGUUCUUUGGGCUGCUUUGUAUUCGCUACCUGUUGAAAUGGAGAAUGUUAUAAGAUUCAUGCUAUUAGCAUCAAAUGACCUGUGUAAGAGUAAUUGCAAGUAAACAUUGUGAAUAACUCUGACUGAACCGAGUACACUUUAAAUUUAAUAUUUUAAUCAGCAAUUGCACUUGUGUCUACACUUUUUGAUAAGAAGUUUAGACAUGUAUGAUUGAACAUGAUUUGAAUUGUAUGUGGUAAUCGUUACUACUCAUCUUUUUAAGUAUUUUAUCUGUGCCUUUAUUUUUUAGAUACUGUAUUUCAGAGGAAUACCAUGCGCAGUCUUAGUGAUUUCCAGUAAUGUUUCUGAAAUAAAAUGUACUACCUUG